AUGACAAAAUAUAAAUUGAUAUAUUUUAAUAUAAGAGUGCUUGGAGAACCGAUAAGGUAUAUACUACAUUACAUGGGCAAGGAAUUUGAAGAUUAUCGUAUGCCAAGAGAAGACUGGGUCGAGCUUAAAGAAAAAGUACCAUUUGGAAAACUGCCUUUGUUAGAAAUUGACGGUGAAGUUUUUCAUCAGUCAACUGCAAUUUUAAGGUACUUAGCUAUCGAGGCUGGUUUAUCUGGAAAUAAUGCCAGUGAAAACUUUCAAAUUGACAUGAUUGUUGCUGCAUUUGGAGACUUUGUAUCAGAGGUUUCAAGAUUCUUCAAAAUGGAAAAUCCUACAGAUAAAGAAAGUCUAAGACUAUCCAUCAUUAAAAACACUGUUCCAUUUUAUAUGACGCGUCUUGAAAAAGUUUUGAAGAAUAACGGAGGGUAUUUCGCAAAUAGAAAGCUCUCAUGGGCUGAGUUGUACAUCGUAGGCUACUGUACUUCUUUGCCUGCCCUAAUAGGAAUCGAUUUGACAGAAAAAUAUCCAUUCUUCAAGCAACUUACAGACCGAGUCCAUUCCUUACCAGGUAUUAAAGAUUGGGUUAAAAGAAGACCAAAUACUCCAAUGUGA